AUGGUUGUUAUGAUCGUCUAUGAUGCUGUUCUAGCAACUUCAGCCAUUAUUAAUAGUGGUAGUGGUGGAGGAGGUUGUGGAGGUGGUGGUGGUGGUGGUGGGGGAGGAGGUGGUGGGGUUGUGGUGGUGGUGGUGGUGGUGGUGGUUGUUGCUAAUAGGGAUCAUUUCAUCUAUGAUUUGAAGAUGCAGAAAGCCUUUAUAAUACUUCCCGUUGUUUUCUUUUCCCUGAUCGUCGUAAUUGUGGUUUUGAAUAUCAUUUGUGGAAGACGACGUGUAGGAUUUUCUGGUAACAUUCAUGGAGGUGGCGGGGUUGAUUUUCAUGGAGGAGGCGGAGAAGGCAUAGGAGGCUAUGAAGGUGGUGGUGGGUUUGAUAUUGAAACCGGCGGGGUAGGAGGAGAUUUCGGUGGUGGUGGAGGAGGAGAUUUUGGUGGUGGCGGAGGAGGUGGUGGUUUUAGUGGUUGUGAUGGUGGUGGUGGAGGAGGAGGUUUUAGUGGUGGUGGGGGAGGAGAUUUUGGUGGUGGUGGUGGUGGUGGUGGAGGUGGAGGUUUUAGUGGUGGUGGGGGAGGAGAUUUUGGUGGAGGUGGAGGUGGAGGUUUUAGUGGCGGAGGUGGUGGCUGUUGA